UUCUUUCUCACUGAUGGUUCCAGUCUCCUGCCUCAGUGCUGCCAGAGAAUUGUGGAUGAAGUGGUGCACAGAAAAUCCUGCCCAGCUUCUAGGGCUGUCAGCUCCAGACUGCUCAGUCACCCUGAGCUUACACAGUCCACUUGGCAUGAAGGAGGGGGCAAGGCAAUGUAGUGUGCUCUCUGAAUUGCUUGAUAAUUUGGCUAGCAAAGUCUUAAAACUAAAUUCCCACCACUGCCUCAGCCAGUCUUGCAGUGAGGAGGUAGGCAAACUAAGGUGAAGAAAGAAAAUAUAGAAGAAAGAAAAUAUAACUCAUAUCAGGUGAGUUUUGCUCACAUCAGAGCUAAGUAAUCAGAAGUUUAGCUCCUUUGCUAAACCUGAUAUCCUACUGACAAGUAUGAAUGGCACUAGAGCUUCAUGUGUGAUGCUAAGAAAUUCUAUUUUAAUAAGGGUAAUUUGAUCUUAUUCAUGAUCUCAAAAAUAACUCCCCUUCUUUUUUGAAGCAUCUAGCCUUGAACAGUUCAGCCUUCGCAGUGUGAUAAAGUUGCGCGUGCAACUGGAAGAGUUUCUUUUGAGAGAAAUAUUGUUUUGAAUUAAUAAAAGGAGGCACUGUGAUAACAGAUUCUGCUUGGAAGAUGUACCACUGUGCUGGAAACAGUCUUUGAACAGCAAUUAAAUAAUAUGUCAAGCUUACAGGUACUAGUCAUGUUCCUUAAUGUGAUAAAUGUUUCAGGUCUGUGAUGUGUGCUAUAGGAGUGUGUAGAGAAUUCAGUCAUCUAAUAAAGAGGUAGUUUUCAUGGUAAGCCAUGCUAAUGAGGGAAAGUAAGGCCUAUUUGAUAGUUCAGCAUCGUGCUUGAUUGUAAAUGGGCUCUACUGUGUACAUUCCUGGAAGAUACUGUGCAGAUCUACACAACUUGUUUUAUUUUAAAAGUGAAAAGUUUUGCAGUAUUAGUGCAGUGUUACCCCACCUUUUUUUUUUUCCUUGCAUUCCUCUCAUCAGGAAAAAGAAAAUAUCUAGAGUGUGAGUGACAUAUUUCAUAUCUUGAGAAUUUUCCUGUAUGGAGAUGUAAGGUGUAAGAUAGAUCUAGAGCUUUUGUUUUCAUCUGUAGUUGCUUUAAUUUAGCAUAUUAACUAGACUUAAUCUGGUUUUGUUAGAGUUGGGAUUUUAAAACCACCAACAACCUCUGUUAGAGAGAUUUAUUCUUCAGUAGUUCUCCUAAUGACAAAUUUGCUUUUAGUACCUGAAGAAGCAAUUAAACUAAACCUUCUUUAGAUAGAUUUGUUCCUCUAGGAAUCAGUUUAAUCUCUGCAACAAUUAGCACUGUGAACAUAAUGGAGCUGGUUCACACCUACAGUAAUGUAAGUGAAAUCAAAGUUCUGCUCAUUGAAAAUUCAACCAAAGCUCCACUGAUGAUAGUUACCUUUCCCACUCCCACACCCCAUGCUUCUUGUAAGAAGAUGUUGGGGCAUUUGUUCUCCGAAGUCUAAUUCAUGUUUUAACAUUUGGAUCAGACAUUGUAUUUAAAAUAGCCAUGUAUUUCUUAAUCUUUUCCUCAACCCAACAUGAAGUUAGGCAACUAUUUUCUAGAUUAGCUGUCGGGACAUUAGUAUUUAAACAUAGUGUUCUUAAAUACCUAAAGUCAUCUGGAAUAUAAUUUUUAAGGCCUUAAAUUGUGUAUUUAUGAAACUUAUUCUAACAAUUUAUUUUAGAUUGGUUUUUUUUCUCAACUGGUAUUGUAUUGGGUUUGUAACCCAGUAAAUUUUCCUCAUUUAUUAACUUGUAAGUUCAAGGCAUUAACAAAUGUCAAUGAUAUCAAAUAAAAACAAAUGAACAACCAACUCCACACUUGUUAGCACAGUCAUCUUAAGAGAGGACUGACCAGGAUCUCCAGUAGUCAUCCAGCCAAUAUGCUUGCCCUACUGAUGUGCUCUUGGCAUACUUGAACUCUUUAUCUAGAGAGCAGUUAUAUUUUGGUUUUCUCUGCAUGUGUUGACUAAGUAGUCGUUCAAGUAUGCACAGGAGAAACAGCAAUCAUGUUUAAUUAGUGAGGUACUAGGAAAAUGUCAGCUGAUUAGCAUUAGAAGUUAGUUCUAGAAUGAUGGGUGGGAGGGAGGGCGGGAGGGUUGGCUAGAAUAGGUGAGGUUUUUUGUAAUACAUGAAACAAUUUGUAUUGAACUCUCAUGCGCUUCUUUCAUUACUGGUGAUUUAGACUGUACUGGUGCUGCACACCAAAAAUAUUGCAAAGAUUUUGUAAAUCUUGCAAACCUUAACAUUUUUGUGGGAAAUGCCUGUGUCCUUUUUACAUGGUUUCUGGUCAUGAUCAGAAAUGCAGCCUUAUAUUGCUCCCAAAUUUCCCCCCGCCCCAAAAGGCUUAAAUAAACAGGUAUAAAUUGGAUUGUGCUGUCCUUAAUACUUUUUUGCUAGUGACCAAUUUUAAGAGAGAAAACAUGUAAGUGGUAGUGCUGGAUACAGACUAGAGGGCAGGUAGCAAAAAUCCUGUUUCUUCCUGUUUUACUCAUUCCUUCUACAACUUGAAACUAGCAGGUUUGUGCUUGUCUCUUCUGAAAGAAGAUGGGACUGAUGCUUACUUCCAAAGGUUGUUUAGAGGCCUGGUUGUUACUUGAGAUCUUCAGAUCUCAAAAGAAAGAAGCUAGAGAUAAGUAAUGAAGUUUGCUCUACGUAAAAGAAAAAUAUAAUUUUGGGGGCUGCUCAAAGAAGCUUAUACUUUGUGACCUCUGAAGUUUUUAAUCUAAGAACCAGUUUUGUAAUCACAUUUUUCAGGCUUAAUUUCAAGCAUGUGACAAUUAACGAAGUCAGUGAAACUGCAUGCACACAGUCAAGAAUGUUUUAAAAUGUUUGCAGUUUGGGGCCUGUGAUAUUUGAAAGUGAAAUGCUUAUAUGGUUUGAGAUUUUUACAAAAUCAGUGGUGUUAAAAUGUAGCACCUUUUUAACAUUUGUCUUUAUUCCAACUUAAUACAGUAACACAUCUGCAUUAAAUAUAUCCCUCUCAUUUUAUAAAUAAACAUUGCCUGUCAGUAAAAGUAUUGGUGUAACAUUUUUAAAAAAAGGAAGUCAUUCUUCUUAUCAUGUUGUAUGUGACUUAAAUGACUGUUUCAUAUUAAAACUAAUCUUUCCUUAUGUACUGCUUAAAUAUACCUGUUUUGGGAUAUCAGUUCAGUACUUUUUAUACAAUCUUGAAUGUGUUCCACAUUGGUGACAUGUAUUUUUGCAACAACUUUUGUGUUUUGAUUUUAAAUUAGAGCAUGUCUGAUGUAAUACAUGCAUUAGUGCUGUGGCGUGUGACAAAGUUAAUGUAUGUAAUUCAAAUUGGAAAAGCUUCCAGACUUUGUCCAACAUUAACCCUGUGGCCAGGGAUUAAAUUACUAUGUAAUACAAAUUAUUUCAUACCAUGAUGUGUUUUAAGCUACUCUAUGAAGUAUGUGAAACAUUAUUGUUUAUGGAUUGGUAGCUGGUGAGGUAUCUUGCAUAGAAUGAGGUAUGAUAGAUGGUAGUAAUUCAUAAUUAAAACUGAGUACCUUUCAGAACACACAGCACUGAUAUGCAUUAUCAUCUUGUUGCCAUUACUUAAUAUGAGUUUCUCAAUAUUAUCCACUGAUAAAUGGGUGAACAUUUGGAAAUCAGCUCUUGUGUGUGAAAAUUCUAUUCUAACACUCUUUACUUGUUUUACAAAACAUAUAAAUUUUUUUGUUCGUUUAGGAAGCAUAUAAUUUUUUUUUGUCUAUUAGAUGUGAUUAGAUAUAUGCAGAAGGAUGUAGAACUGGAUGCAUUUUAAAGUUAUUCUGCAGUUGCUAAGUUUUGGCAGAAGCUUUCUAUAUUAGAAUAGACUCUUCCCUAAAAUUGGAAACUAAGUGUACUUAGCAGAACUCUUUAAGGCAAUAUAACUAUCCUUCACUGCAUCUUGAGUUAUGCACAUUCACUUCUUUAUGUGGAAGUGAUAACUUCUGUUUUAUAUAGAAGAAAAGAAAGGUCCCUUUAGUGGCCUAGUGCUGUGUGUCAUCAGUUCUGGGGUAAUUAGUUCUGAGUGGUGUUCAGGCCCUCAGAGGUGCUGCCUCUAGCUUGAAGUUUUCUGUGUCACCCUUUGUCUCCUGGUUUAGAAAUGGCUUAUCCCAGCACCAUGGGGAAUAACUAUUUCUGCAUUGUUUACCAUACAUAAUUUUCCUUUUCAUGUUCAAAGAAACUGUCUCAAAAUAAUUUUUUGAUCCAACCCCACCUUUUUCCUUGGAGAUUUGUGCACUGUAUUUCAGGAAUUGCUGUACUGGACACAUUUUGGGAUUGGAGUUAUGAGAGUUGUCUGUUCCUAGACACUCAUCUUUUCCUCUACAGAAUGGUCUAAAUCCGAGCUCCUUUAUAACUUAAGGAGGGCAAGCUUUUAAUAUAUUAUUUUUUCUUUUUGUUUUUCUUUCUUGAUAGUUUUUUUUCUGAAAUGUUAAAUAAUACAAAGUUGUUAGGGGUUUUUGUUCAAAACUUGGUCUUUCCUCCAAGCUUGUGUUUGUAGCCUUUAAAACAGGCACGGUGGCCUUUAGGGCCCUCUGACUUGGGAAUUUUUUGUCCACUUUCUCCUUUUAGAGUUAAAAGUGAGUAGAAAAAGGCAAGUUACCAAUCUACUGCCAUCCAAACAAUGCAAAAUAUAAGCUGAUUAAGAUUGUUGACAUUUAAUUUUUUUUUUGUUAAUAAUGAUGUGAUAUUUUUACCUUUUAGAAGAACAUAUAUCAGAAUCUGAUUCAAGUGUUCUUGGAAAAUGUAUAUGGUAGGCUUUGUCCAGCACUGUAUGUAACUUUGUUGCUUUCUGUUGUCUAGUUUCAAUUUCUUUUAAAAUAAAGAUAAUUUUUGUGGGGAAAUUGCCUGUGGACUUUCUGAAGAUGAUGUAAUGCCUGCAUGUAAUGCUUCUGAUGUUCUGCCUGUGAGAACACAUUUGGAUUAGGUGUAAUCCUGCAAGAAGCAGCAUGAGGUCACAUGGAUCAGAAAAUACAGCUCCUGCCUCUCUUGGAGAGCUCCAUGUUCUGUAAAGGUGCUCAUCUGCAGUGCCUUCAAAGCAGCUGGGAAAAGGUCUCGUGCCUUCAGCUCCCUUUCUUUCCUCACAGGAUGGAAAGGAAGGCUCAAGUAUCAUUUGUCCAAACAGAUUUUUUAAAAAUAACUUUCUGCACUUGGAAAGUGAUUAUAGAAAUAAUUAUUUUAUUCCAGUUUAUAAAAUUAUUACUAAGCUCUUCCUGUUAGUUAAAAUGCCAGGACUAACACACACCAAAUCACUGCUCUACCAAUAACUUUUAAAAGUAAGUGAUAUAGAUUCCAGUUUGUUGGAAUAAACAGUCUCAUAAAAUGUUUCUGCUUUUUGUUAAAAAUGUGGAGGGAUGAGAGAAAUUAGAGAGAAUUUAGAAAGAACGAGAGACAAAAGGGUUAAUAAUUAAAGGUAAGUCAAUGUAAACUAUCUAAAGGAUUUAUUUUCUCUAAUAUAUUGAUCUUUUGAAGCCAUUAGAAGUGAAAUAACCCCAGAAAAGAUAUAUGUAUGUAUUGGCAGCUGGAAGGUGCAGAAUAUUAAUAACAUUAUUAAGGUUUGUGUGGAAUACAAAUCUUCAUCCUUCAUAGCACAGGAGAUGGGAAUUUAAGAAUCAGAUUUUCAAUGGAAAAAUGUAUCUUCUUUCACUGCAAACUUUCCACUGCAGCCUUUUGACUGAUGAAGUUAGUGCCAGCAGAAGAACCACGCUGCAUGGGUGUCUCUUGUUUAUUUUUCAAGUGUGUCACAGUGAGAGCACAGCAGCUUGUCCAGUAUAUUCUCUGAGAUUAAACUGAAAAUGACACCUGAGUGACCAAGGCAGAAGACCUGCACUCAAAACCUCUGACUUUCUGGAUGACUGCAGCUGGAGUGGCAGGAGAUUAAAUGUUCAUGGAUGACACGAGCUGCGUUCCUUCCUGCUGUGCCGAGCUGUGAGCGCCGGCAGCCGGAGCCGUGCCCUCAGGCCCUGGGGACUACAGCUCCCGGCGUGCGCCGCGGGCCGGGCCGGGAGCGCCCGGAGCUGCUCGGCCGCGGCGAUGCCGCUGUGGCUGCGGGAGCACAGCUGGCGCCAGACCCUCACCGCCGUGUACCUCUCGCUGCCCUUGCGCGGCGCCCGGGCCACCCCCGCCAACAUCUUCUGCAGCGAGCAGUACCUGAAGGUAAGCAUCCCUCCCUUUUUAUUUGAAGCCGUUUUAUAUGCUCCUAUUGAUGACACAAACAGCACAGCAAAGAUUGGAAAUGGAAACAUUUUCUUCACUUUGUAUAAAAAAGAACCGGCCUUGUGGGAUUCCCUAACUCUAGCAAAUGCUGACAAGGAGAAACUACAAUAUCUGAGAGAGAAUGCUGUUGUAAAAGCCCAAGAAAAGGCAAAAGAGGAGACUCAAGCAAAAAAAAUUACAAAACAGGAACACAAAAAAUAUGCUUUGGAGGCCACAAUGAAGCUAGAGGAAGCAGAUAGAAAAAGAAUUGAAGAUCUAAAAGAGAAGGAGCGACAGAGGGUCGCUAAAGAGUUGGAGUUAUGGAAAAACCAACAAAAAGAUGGUGAUAAAUACAAGAGCAUACAAACAAAAAAGGAAUUGCAUCAAGAAAUAGAGCCAUUAAAAGAGAGAAAAAAUGAAAAAAUGAACAAAAGUCAGAUUCCUAAUGAAGGAAGUUCUAAGACAAGACUCAAAUCCACAAGAGGUCAUGGUUCCUGUAGUAUAUUUUCACAGAAUUUAAAGGAAGAACAGUUACCAGCUCCCCGAGCUGCUGCUACAAUUAAAGUCAACUUUACACCACGAGUUUUUCCCACAGCUCUGCGAGAAUCUCGUGUUGCAGAAGAGGAGGAGUGGCUACAUAAACAAGCAGAAGCUCGAAGAAUAAUAAAUUCUGAUUUAUCUGAGCUGGAAGAUUUAAAAGAAGAGGAGAAGAAUCCAGAUUGGUUAAAGGACAAAGGGAACAAAAUGUUUGCAAUGGGAGACUACCUUGGGGCUGUAAACGCCUAUAACCUUGCAGUGAGGCUGAACAAUAAACUUCCUCUGCUCUACCUGAACCGUGCUGCUUGCCACCUUAAACUGAGAAAUUUGCACAAAGCUAUCGAAGAUUCCUCCAAGGCACUGGAGCUGUUGACACCACCUGUUCCUGAUAAUGAGAACGCUCGACUGAAAGCCCAUGUGAGACGUGGAACAGCCUUUUGUCAGCUGGAAUUAUACCCUGAAGGCCUCCAGGAUUAUGAAGCAGCUCUCAAGAUUGAUCCUAAAAAUAAAAUUAUAGAAAAAGAUGCUGAGAAGAUUCGACACCUAAUUCAAGGAACAAUGCAAAAUUCUUGAUUAAAAAAAAAUAUAAAAAAUAAUCUUUGAUGCCUUUGAGGUCAUCAGAAGGAAUCUUAUUUCUCUUCAGUUUGUUACCUAGACAUUUUUCUGCUUCACUUGGAACACUUACAAAAUUGGUAAAAGAUUGAUAUACUAUUGGAAAGUAUAGUAUUAUAAACACAAUUAGAUAUAUUUUAUAUCAUUUUGAUACAAAGUUGUUGUAUUUUGGUUUUUGUUAGCAUUCUGUAUUACUCUGACAAUCUGAAACCCUGGACUUGAAGCAGUUCCUUUUUGUUAAAUGUUCUUUUCAAACUGGGGCCAUUUCAACUACACUUCUUUCAGUAGCAGUUUUAGCAGACUUCUGAAUUUUCUGCAUCAGUCUCUGUCCUGAAUACCAUUUAUGGCUGAUUUCUGUCUUUGUAAUAAAGUAUUUAUCAUGCAGAUAUAUAUUAUUGUGUGCAGAUUUUACGGCAUUGUAUCAGGGAGAAGGUGGCAGGCAUUGUUUCCAGCUGUUUUACUUAGAGCCUUGAGAGCAGUGCUGACUUGAGUCAGAAAUGUCUGGUAGGAGAGCUGCUGCCUCUGCUUUCCUGUGGAAAACUGCUGCAUUGCACUGGAAGGGGCUGAAAACACUUUUUAUAACAGCUGGAAGGAGGGCAGUGCAGCAGUUUGAGUGCCUCAGUUGAUUGUAAUGCUAUACUUAUAUUGCUCUUUUUAUAAUUACUGAGGGGAAGUGAGGGCUAAAGAGGAGAGACACUGGCAAUGGGAGCAAGAUGCAUCUUGUUCAACCCAUCUCAGUCAGCCCUUCAGCUGACAGGGCAAAGCAUUUCAAAUUUGUCAGCUGUUUGUGGUCAGCGCAAACAUUGCUCAAGAUGUGUAUUGAAAUACAUGCAUGGUGGAGAGUGAGGAACUUAACAUUUUGACCUUAUUUAGUAAAUGUGCACAGUGGUAAUUUGACUCGUAAUGACUAUGGAAGACAAUAAAAUUUGAGAUUGAUGUAAAUUUCUGCAUUAGUGAUAAUCUUGAGCAUAGAUAUCUUAAUAUGUGUGGCAGAAAUAGUAUGGAUAAUAAAAAUAUGAAUGAGAGUAA